UUCCAACAGGAUGGCGUUCCAGCGUGAUGUGUUGCCGCUGCAGGAGCUCAUCCUCAAGUUCAUGGCCAAGCGGUAUUCCCCAGACAUGCUGAACGAGAAGUCGCUUGCAAGAGCCCACCGCAUCAACGACCCCAGUCGAUCCAAGACCCACAAAGUCAAGCAAGAACUGAUCCGAGCAGUGUUGCAGACUGGCCGGUUCAGCGAUGACACGUUGCCGACGUCGUUCUUUCACGCAAACCUGUCCAAGAUUGAGAUCAAUGGAGCUAAGAUCUCAACCGAGUUCAUCAAGCGGAUGGCUACGGUGACAGUGAACUUGCAUCACGUGAACUUCUCGGGGUGCUUUCGAUUGACGGACGACUCUAUCCUCGCAUUGCUCACGCACUGCCCCGACAUCAAGGAGUUGAACCUCCAGAACUGCCGCAAAUUGACUGACGAAACCCUGCGCAUUCUUGUGGCGCACAGCCCCAAGCUCAACAGCAUCGACGUGAGCGGCAACACGAACAUGACCAUCGACGGGAUCACGACGUUGAUCGAAAAGCACCCCAACCACUCCAAGUUUUUGAAGGUCCAUAUAUCCGGGCACCGCGUCACAGACCACACUCUGAAAGUGAUUGCCAACAAGUGCCGGAAGCUCCAGAGCCUCGCGGUGGGCUACUGCGGCCUGUCGGAUGAGGCGGUCAUCGCACUGCUCGAGCGCCGACCGUCCAUUGGAACGCUGCAUUUGCACUGGAACUACAAGAUCACGUACGCCCAUCUCCAUUAUCUUGCAUCUCGAUCGACCCCUUCCUCUGUGGACCGCCUCCUCGACCACAUGGCCAGACAAUGCCCAAACUUGCACGAAUUGAAUCUAUGUGGCGUCAAAACAGUGUCAAACGACGCGAUUUACUCGUUUCUGCAACUGAAAAUGUCUGGCGUGGACGACGACGCCAUGACGUCUACUGAACGCGACGCAAAGCGGCUGAAAAAAGUGGAUGUGAAAUACACCAAUGUGUCGAAAGAAGUGCUCGCGCAUACCGCCGACACGUACCCCGACCUGGUUGUGAUCUCGUGACCACACUCGUCACUCGCCCUCAAAGUACACGUCCAUGCGCCCCGCCGGAUCGUCGGCAUCCAUGCUCAUGCAAUAGUUAAUCGCCAAAUGGAGCUUCUCCGUCAUUACUUGCACCGAGCUGUACGCGGGCAGUUCAAUGUUGAAGAAACCUACAUAUAAACCCAUUCGAAUCAAUCGAUACACGCGUAUGUAUAUAUGGGGGGAGGGUACAGGUAUCGGCUUUG